CAGAAUCGCCAUUGGAGGUUCGUAGAAGCUCAUGGGAGGCUCGUCGGAAAGUUGCGUCGGCGGCACCGGCGUCGUCGACUUCAACAAAACUCCAAAAGGCUGGUACCAUGACAAAGAGGACGACUCCAGGAGCGUGCACGUUUCGACGAAACUCGUUUUCGACGUCGGACGAGCAAGAACCGAGCUCCGCAAGUUUGCAACGUAAAACUGCCGUUUUACAAAACUCAGGUAUCAUUUCUGGGUGUUCGAAAAUGUAGAGGACCUAGACGGAAUUUGCCUAAGAGGUCACGGUCAACAGGAUUCAGUUGACUGGAAAAUGUUAGAUUUGGUACCUGGUACUUCGUGUUUUGACAGAAUUAGUAUUUUGUUCACAAUUUGUUCGUUUGACGUCCAAACGACGAACCGUUUUCGCCUACAGGACUGUGAGAAUGAGGAGAAUAUUAUGAAACCAAGAUCUGGAAUUUCCAGAGCUUUCACAGAAUCGGAUUUCGUCAUAAAUAAGGUGUGUGGGCUUACGGUAAAAGGGAACCGAAAUUACGUGUUCAUUUCUAAAUACGCAUGAUUGAGUUGAUGAUUAAUGAUUAUGAUGGAUUUGUGAUUGAUUCAUGAUUGUGAUCUUGGAUGAAAUUGUUGAUGAAGUUAACUGAUUUUUAUGAUAAUAAUAAUUAUUAAUCUCGUAUUGGAAUGGUUGACGUAUAUGGUGAACUCCGAAUAUUUUAUGAAAAUGUCUAUUUAGAUCAGAAUAUGGAAAAGAAAUUUAACGAAUCUUGAGACGACAUUAGUCAUGAUAUAUUACCAUGAGAAUCAUUAUAUUGGUAAUAAUUGAGUUUUUGGAAUUAAUUGAGGUUAUGACUUUAAAAAGGUUGAAAUUGUGAAUUUAUAAAUUGGAUUAGAUACGAGAAGGAAUACUGGUCAUAAUAAUUACAGCAAUGGAUUUGUGAUCUUGCUUGUAUUUUUAGAUGGAUGAAACCGGUUUCUAUCUCGUUUUGUUAUUAAAGAGAUUAUAUUACAAUUUUUAGAAUAAUGGCGAUUUAAGGAAAAAUUAUUAUAAACUGAGUAUAAUGGUGAGAUGAUUAUCACGAGAUAUUUUAAUUAAGAUUGAAUUUAAGUUACGUUUUAAGAAUAAUUUUUAGCAAUAGUUAAUUGAGUAUUUAAUCGAAAUAUUGAAGAUAAUCUUAUUAAUGUAUUUUGACGAACGAUGAGGUAGAUGGUACUUUUAGAAAUAAUUAUUGAGAGAUGUGUUAUUAAGGGAGACCUUUUCAAAUGAACUUUUGAUAAUCAUGAGAAUUAUAUAUUGGGUAUGGUCCUUUUUAGAAUGGUUUCAAGUUAUUAAUAUAAAUUCAUGAAAACAAGAUUUUGAUCAUAAUAUGUUUAGUUGAUAUGUUGAUGAAAUUAGUUAAUGGACGAUACGGAUAAUUUGAUGUAUUUUUAUUGUUAUUAUAUCGUUCGUAUGAUAAAAUGAUUUGAUGACGAAUAAAAUAUAUAUUGAUUAUUGAUAUGUAUGAUUAUGGCAUGAUGAUGAUAAUGACAGGGAUAUUGAGUGAUAGUGAUACGAUUGACGUGUAUGAGUAUGAAGUGAUUAGAAUAUCGAUUGGUAUAAAUGUAAUUGGUAAAUAUAAAUAUUACUGAGAUAUUUUGGGACAAUGUUGAUAUGAUGAAUGCUUUGAUUAAUGAUGAUGUGGAUGAGAUAUUAUCAUGAUCGAUUUGUAUUUGAUAUGUUAAAUGAUUACGAUGAGUCAAUGAUGUAUUGAUAAAUUGAGUACUUGGUAGAUUUGUCAAGUUUGAUUUAAGAGAAUGAAUUAUUUAUAUCAUUGAGAAGAUGAUGAUUAUAUUGAGAUCGUGCAAUGCAUCAAAGUAUGCAUAGAUGAUGUGAGAUAUGCAUGGACUGGGAAUAUCAAUGGGACGCUGUUGAUUUCUUGGAUCGAUUGAGAUAUGAUGGAAGAGAAAAAAAUUGAUAUUAUUUGAUCAUGUUAAAUCACAUAGACAUAGAAGGGCCUAUGCCUACCCCUAUGAGAUUGAUUGGGCUGCGGUCCUAAUGAAAGGAUUUAUGAUAAUCCUAGAUUGGAUGGGAUUGUGGUUUUUGAUAUAACCACUAAGAUGAUGAGCUCGAGCGGGGUGGGGUAUGGUGACCUUAGCGCGCAAAUUAAUAACAAAUGGAGAGUCUGCAUUUCAUGCAUUGCAUAUGAUAUAUACGAUGGGGAUGAUUUCCAUAAAGGAAAAUCGUGAAGUUAUAUUCGAUUGAUGAUUGAUUGAAAGAUUGAUAUGGUUAAUGCCAAAUUGGUGAUUUGAUUAUGGAUGGAUAAUUGAUAUGGUUAUUUCAAAUGAUGAAUUGAAUUUGAAUGAAGGAUUGAUAUGAUGGAUUCAUGAGUUGAGGUAAGUUUACGAUUUUAUGUCGAUAUACGACUUGAUUAAUGAAAGUCACACCAUGAGGAAUUGGGUUAAAGAUGAAUUUGGAUUGAUGACCUAGAAAUAAAUCUAGAGAUUAAUGAGAUAUUCGUGUGGCAUGAUAAUUUGUUGAUGAUGUGUUUUUAAACAACAAGAUGUGAUGAUGUGAUGGCAUGCUAACAAUAGUUUUGCCGUAUAGGCCAGGUCCACACACUCAGCUUAGUAGCUGACCCAUUUUUCUUUCUAGAUGUGACAGGUGUGAUAAAUUGAGGAUGACUCUGGCACUGCACAAUGAUCGAUGGAUGAUUUUGAUUUAAAAGGUUUUUCACCUAUUGAUUUAUUCUAGAACCCUUAUUUUACGAUUCGGGUUUUGAGCAUGCAUGAUAGUUUACAUUGGUCAAGUAUGAUCAUUAACUUGAGUUGAGUAUGAAUGGAGUAGAUGAGAUUGAUAGUCUGGGUUAUGUGAAUCCUGAUUUUGAGGAAGAUUGAUUAAUGAAUUGAGAAAGCGAUUUUUAGUAAAUUGUUAUGAUGAGUUGAAUUUUAAACAUAUGAUAAUGAUGUGGAUGUGAGUUGAGUCGAGAUUUUGAAAGCGUAAACCCCGAGUGAUUUCCGCUGCGCGGUUGAACCAUUGGUUCGACCCAUGAUUUUAGGGUGGGGUGUUACAUCACCCCCCUUCUUCGUCUCUCUCGCCGGGCCCUCCAUCCUUGGCGGUGAGCUCUUUCCGGCAGGACUAAACCAGACCCCACCUCCGGCGGUGAGCUCUUCUCCUCGACAGUCGCCGGCACUUUUCUUCACAGCCUCUUCCUGCUUCCACCACCGAACCACCAGGCGAAAGGAUGGCGAUCCCAGCGCCGCCGUGAUCGCCUUCUUCUCCGGCUCCCUCUGCGUCGUCGACAUGAAGAAUCCCCUCGUGGAUUGUCGCGUUAUUUGCUCGAUUCGCUAGGCCUAGGCCGUUGAAUGAAUCCACCGGUCGGUCAACCCUCCCUUCGCCGCCUCGUCGGCGGCUCCACGGGCUGCUCCCCAUCUAUCUCUCCCUCCUUCUUCAAAUCUUUGUCCGGCGACAGGAGCUUCACCUGGUUAGUGGAAGAUGAUCUCGACCUCGUCGCCCGUUGUACCCCCUCAAUGCCCGACGUCGUUGUCUUGUCCAUCCAUGGUUGCUUCGUCCUCUCCCUUUUCGUCAGCGAGCCAUCCACCCGACAACAAGGUUUUCGUCGCACCCCUCGCCCGAUUCUCGAGGGCAAUUCCACUCCGCGGCCCGUCGUCCCCAUCCCGCGUCGUUGCUCUCUAUCGAGGCGGAGCUCUACCCACAGUGUGUGAACCUCGG